UAAGAACAUAUGUAAAAUAGUUGUAUUCAAUUUAUUAAUGUGCGCACAAAAUGGAAGCCAGCUUUUACGUUCUAUUAUGUUGCCUUGUGCUCGUUGAAGAUGCAUAUGGCUCAUGUGGUUCAUUGACAAUAAUGAAGCCUACUUUUGUGGACAGAAACAUCACCUUGAAAUUUGUCCCUCGUCAUCGAGGGAUCUCAAACAUUGCCUGGAAGUAUACUAAUGAGUGGGACGUAGCAAGAGAACACAUAGUAGAAUGCGUCGAGGAACAUUUUCAACAACAUGUUGAGGACGGGCCAUACUAUCAUACUAUGAUUUUCUUUGCAAAUAAACAUCACAAUAAUUCGAAAUUUCAUGUUCAAUGUAGCGAUGCAAAAGGCAACUCUUCAUCAAACACUGUGAAGCUACACUUGAAUGAAAUCAGGUCUGCGUGUGGCAAUCUGGUGCUACUUUCCCCGGAAAUAAAAUAUGGAACAAAUGUUGAAAUAGCUUAUUACCCUUCUGACCUUACAUUGGCCAACGAAAACCCUUCGUACAAUGAACGUUCAUGGUUGAAGUUGAAAGGGUUCUUAAGAGAGGUCGUGCAUCAUCGAAACGACAUUUAUGAAGAGAGGAAAAUAUCUGAUUAUUUGUACACUCUAACCAUCUACAAUUUUAUUGAGAAUAAAGCUGGGCCUUACGCUUUGAAAUGUGGAUAUACACUUGAAGACACCACAAACCGGUUAGACAUACAUGUGACAGAUAAGCCGCUUAUUGGGCCAAUAUUGGAUGAUUGCGUUUACGGCAAUGCAGACACUAUCAUAUAUUGCAACACAAGUCGUACGACAGGAAAACCCCGUGUGACCUUUUCCAUUGGAAGCAAAGUAGUUACAAUGCUAGAGAACGAAAAACAUCGAGGAGUAUAUACAGUUGUACUAGACUCAGACACUUGGAGGGACAAUGACGAUCAUAUUGUAACUUGCAAGGUCUCUAACGAUGAUUAUGUACACGACCUGAACAGUUCAGCAAAAUUGUGUUACAUGGAGAAAGGCUCGGACCCUUUUUUGAUCAUGCCAGAAUACAUCUACGAUGAAAAUACAACAGUUGGUUGCGAGGUGUCAAAUGUACGACCACCGGCGGUGAUUGAAAUAUUGGUAGAUAACCAAGCCAUUGAUGCUAUUCAAAAAGAUUUAUUGAACGAAACGUCAAAAACAUACACCAGUAAAGCUUCUAUAUUGAAGAUAGACAAAAAUUGGAAUGGAAAGAAAAUAUGUUGUCGUCGAAAAGCUACAAUUUACGGGAAUAUGGAAUCCACCUGUAAAACAUUAAACAUAAAGUAUUCGCCGACUGAACUGAUUAUGAACGUUACCUUAGCUUCAUCUAACGUUACCAAACAGUCAAUUGACGUUACUUGUUUUACGAUGGAAUCCAAUCCUCCUUGCGGUGUGAAUUUGUCGACCAAUACCACACAGUUGGUGAAAGAGUCCUCAAUGUUUUGGACAGAAAAUACGGCUAGUGGAUUCAAGAGCUAUAUUAAAGCUACUUUUUCGGCCGAAAUGAUGAUUGGCAGAGGAAUAAUCAAUUGUUUUACAACUUGCGACAAAAACUUGUCAAAUUUGAAAUCUAACUUUACAAUAUAUCUUCCAAAUGGCCCCGAUAUGGUGAAGGAACUGAAUGUUUUGGAAGGAAGUAACGUAUCGUUCAAAUGCAAAUAUAACCUUGGCGACGCUCCGCAUGAAUCAUCAGUGGUAUGGACAAGAGCCUCAAACAACCUACGUUGGGAGAACUGUUCUCUUGAAAUCACGUCUGUUCAGAGGUCUGAUGAAGACUUUUAUACAUGUACAUUCACAAGUGAAAUGGUAGUAUCUGAAGAGAUUCAUUUGAAUGGAAGCAAUUGCGGAACGCUGCGUUUAAAUGUGUGCUACAAAUCAACGGUUAAGGACUUUGCUGUUAUAGGCUCGGAGUACACAAAUAGUGUUACAAAAGCCGAAAACGACACAGCAGUACUAGUGUGUGUGGUUGAUGGUAACCCUAAUGCUGAAAUAACCAUCGCUAAAGCCGACGAAAUACUGGAAGUGGAAAAUAAUGGAAGCAAUCUGACGCACACUAUAGCUAGUUUGUCAUGCUUAAAUGCAGGCCUAUACUCGUGUACGAGUGCAAACAGAUACAACCGCGAUCGGCCGUCAAAGGGCUUUCUUGAAUUGCUUGUUUCCUGUUCGGUCAGACGCCCGUACGAUGGGAAUGUGAAGCUCAUUUUUUAUAGUCCAUUAAAUGAAAAUGUGACGUUAUCGUACACUGCUUUUGCAUACCCUAUACCUUUAACAUGGCAAUUUGUUUGGGAAAAAUGCGUUGGAAACGAGAAUUGCACGGAAGUUACUGCAAAUUUGUCCAAAUAUGCCAUAUCGACCAUCGGACUGUCGACUUCACUUAUUAUUACUCAAGUAAAUGAAAAGGACUAUGGACCAUACCAGUUAACAAUUUGGAAUGGUAUUGGUAGAGAAUUAACGGAACGAUUUCAAUUAAAGAAAGGUGAAAUAAGACAUUCCACUUUAACUAUUGGUGCUUCUGUCGGAGGAAGUAUCAUUGCUAUGGUUAUUGGAUUUGUUCUCCUUGUAUAUUGCAUUCGGCGAAAGGUUUCUCUCAGCAACGUGUGUGGCACCUGUGGUUUUCGUAAUAAAAAUUCCAAUUCGAGAGCAAAAGCGGUGGACAUGUACUUGACUUGCGUGCAUCAUUCAAGGCCAGUUACAGACGUAAGCCACUAUCAGAGCAUAACGGAUAUAUUGGAAGUGGAAACUCGUACGGAUGACGAAAAUGUCGGCGCACCGCAACCAUUACCCUACCAAUCGCUACAGCAAGUCAAUGUCGGGGCAACAAUUGAAUACGAUGACUUAUUGCAAGAGAAUCCAUUUUAAUAGAACAAACAGAUGGAUGAAUGCAUUUAAAAGCAGGAAAAAUUAUCAAAUGGAACAAUGAAAUACCACUUUCAUUUCCCUGAUAAAUCUCAAUAACGACCGGAAAUACAUAACAAAUACGUAAUUUCACAAGAAAAUGCAUUCAUAAUAGUAUUAAUCAUUCCAUUAAUCAGUUAGAUUAAGACUUUCAAAAAAUAUACGAAAACGAUAAUGAUUUAUUGAUAAAGGAACGUAUAAACUGGUAAUGUGGUCAUGGUCGGCAUGCCUUGUAACAAGACUGCUCAAGUUAUUAUAACAAGCCACUCAAAUACUCCAGAACAAUAUUAAAGAUAAUAUUAUAAGUAAUAGUUAGAUGACCUAAAGUAAAUUCUUAAUGAUUAAGAAUGGGCGGAGUGAGCGCUGCGAAAAAUCCAACGCAGGGAUUGUGUAUCAGAUGUGUGACAGUAGGCGGAUCUUUAAAUACCCGCGAAAGUGAAAUUCUUUAUGAUUAAGUCUAUUACUUAAUGAGUGUCCAUCUGCAAUUUCAUUGGCUGAAAAUGUAGGUUUUAUUCUUUAUAUUUAAGCUAUUGUUGCUCCGGGCCCUGUUAGGCUAUAUACGCGGUAAACCGUAUGACCGAUAAGUUGGAAAAUACGAAUGUGUACAGUUGAGGUUAUGAUGUCCAUUUAGACUACUCUUAGUUAUUCAUUAAUGUAUGAGUUCCAUACAUAAAGUGUGUAGUCUUGUUUUGCUCAUUUCCGUUUAUAACAUGUAUGUGUUUGUAUAUGUAUGUAUAAUUAUUUUUUGUUGAUCUUACUGCGAAUUUUUGUGUCGUUUAGUUUUGCAUGAUAAAAAUAUCAUUUACUGCCUAAGUUUUAUCACCAUACCUAACAACAUUCUUUCAAGCUUGUUUUCAGAAAAGAAAAUGUUUUCAUAACUAUAUUAGUUUGUUCACUUAAACAGUUAUUAAACUUCUUUACCGAUUGAAAAGGCCAGAGGUUCGCUUCUGGUGCUUCAUUGGUGCUUGUUUAUGUAUUAUUCUGU